AACCCAUGUCUUCUCCUUCCUCGUUACUUCUUGUUUCUCUUAUCUCUCUCUCCCUCAACGCCUCACUCGCAGACAAUGAUCGUUACAACACCACGGCGGUCGUGAUAAUGAACCCCACCACACCGCCGCCUCUUCCGCCGCCCUCUCCACUUCAACGUCACAACAUCACUUCCUCAUUCAUGCCCGGAAUCGCCGUAGUCAUCGCCGUCCUCACCGCCGUAUUCUCCCUCACGUUCUUACUCCUCCUCUACGUCAAACACUGCAAACGACGAAACGGCAGCGUUUACGUCAACCACACGCAGCGUCUCGCAACGUCACGUUACGGAGGAGGAGGAUAUAGUGGGAGAAAAAACUCCGGUAUAGACCGGUCUGUGAUCGAAUCUCUACCGGUUUUCCGGUUUGGUGCAUUGAGUGGUCACAAAGAAGGGUUAGAGUGCGCCGUGUGCUUGGCCCGGUUCGAACCGACGGAAGUCUUGAGGUUGUUGCCGAAAUGCAAACACGCUUUCCACGUAGAGUGUGUUGACACGUGGCUAGACGCGCACUCCACUUGCCCGCUUUGUCGUUACCGGGUCGACCCGGAAGAUAUAUUAUUGAUCAGUGAUUGUAACUCCUGGUUCGAGCUCCGUUUAUCUAACCGUCAAGAAGAAUCUAAUAAUAACAACAAUAAUAAUAAUAAUAAUUCCGGUUCGACCCGGUUUGAUUUCGUGAGUCGUAUCUCCGGUCGACAUUCGUCAGCUGGAGAACGAGCGAGUCGCCUCCGCAACGAAAUUAAAACGUCUUCUUCGUUUAGGAGAUCGCUCGAUAGCUCUCUGAGGAAAAACAACGACGGAGACGGCGAGGAGAAGACUGAUUCCGUCGCCUCCGUCGGAUGUUUCGAUCGAGGUCAACAGAGGAAAGACGGAUUGUUGCUGCUUAAUUCGAAUCGGGAGAGCUUCGAGGCGAGGUUCGAGCACCGGAUAAUAAUCUCCGGCGGGAAUCGCGAUCAGAGGUGGAGCGAGGUGAGGCCGUCGGAUCUUCUCUACCUGCGAUCGGAGAUGAUUCUGAGCGAUUGCCGGAAGUUAGCUGCGGCGGAGGAUGGGAGAGAGGUGAUUGGUGGGAGGAGUGUGUCGGAGUUAACGAGCAUUGAUAGACGGAGGAGGUGGGGAGGAGAGCCGAGACAGCGACAAGCCACGGCGGUGAUUUCGAGAUGGCUCGCUUGGUCCCACCGUCCCUCCGCUUCCAGCGCUGUUUAAAAAAUAUUAUUGCUUUUUAGGUCCUUUUAGUUUUGGUUUAUAGCAUUUUUGGCCGGGUUAGUUAUUGUUUGAUGACAUUUUGGCCUGAAGAUUGAUUUACUCUUUUAGCUUUAGAGGAGGCAAGCCAACAAUGGCAGGUAGGGAGGAAUUAUUAAAAAAAAAAAAAAUCUGAUUUUUGGAGUUUAAGUAUUAUUGAUGCACGAGUGCAAGCAAACACAAAUCUUUUUUUUAUUUGUAUUUUAAUUUUGUGGAAAAUUAUAAGGAAAGGGAAAGGUUUGAGUUUUAAAUUAAUGUCUUGGUGUAAUAAAUGGCGAGUAUUGGGGAUCUGAUAGCUGAGUUUAUU